AUGAUUUCAUCGAGAUGCGAGCCAUUGUUAAAAGAUUUAACCAAAGAAGAACUUCUCAGACGUCUGAAGAUGUUGGCUACAAAAUUGUCUGCUACGACUCGCUCAAUUAAAGAUUCGGAAUUAAUAGUCCAUCACAUGUUCGCUAGGAUAUUUGAUUUAAUCAACGAGAACCAUAGCGUUGAAAUGAAAAAUCAUCUAACCGAUAUUCUUAGUUCUCUGAUAAUGGAAAUUAAUAACAUUUCUAUAGAACUAUUGGACUUGCUGUUAAGUAACAUUGUGAAGCCGAAGAAAAUGCAAAACAGAACUGCAUGCCAAUUGGCGAAAGACAUCAUAUUCAAGACACAGGAUUAUCUUAAGCCUAUUCUUAAACGGUAUUUCGAUCGGAUUUUUGUGAUUAACCAUUUCGAGAUCACAUCAGAAAUAUACGAUAAAAUCUGUGACUUAGUCUAUGAAUUGUAUGCUAUAUCGCCCACUAUUUUAUAUAACGUUCUGCAGCAAAUGGAAUACAAAUUGCAUUCAACUAAUGAGCAAGAACGUCUAGCAAUGGUCAAAUUGUUAUCGAAUAUAUUUUCUGCAGAAGGCUCGAAAUUCAAUGAGCAAUUUCCGAAUUUGCUUUAUAUCCUAUUGGGAUGUUUUGAUGAUGGUACCGCCGCUAUACGUAUCACAUGCGUUCAAUAUUCUAUGCAUUAUUUUAUUAAUCAUUCUCGCUUGCGUCCAUAUAUCAUUAAAUGUUUGCGUGCUCGGCAUCUUGAUAGCAAUGCAACUGUGCGUUAUGAAGUGGUGUUGGCUAUAGCGAAGGCAGUGAAUAGUCGAUUUGAUAUAGUUUGCGAAACGCGAGAUUUACUUCUCAUAUUACGCAAAUGUACUUUAGAUACAAUCUUUAAAGUCCGCCGAGAAGCUUUAAGUGGAUUGGUUCUCAUUUAUCAGAAGGCUUCAAAUGAAAAAAAAUUUUCUCUUAGUUGGAUUAAGAAUACGGUAAUGCAUUUUUAUUAUAUGCCCACGUUAGAUGAUCGCAUUUGCCUUCAACGCAUUUUAAUAACGUAUCUGAUUCCUUAUCAAUUGAAUUCGAAAGAACGCAUGAAAAGAUUAUGUCAUCUCUUAGCCACAUUUGAUUAUAACUCCUCGCUGGCUUUUGUAAAAUUGCAAAAAGAUCACAUGAAUAAACGUAAAAUUGUGCGAAAAUGGAUUAUGUUACAUCAUUUAAAAGAAAUUACAAUCGAAAUACAGGACCAACUUAGUGUUCAACAGUCACUAAUUAGUAAAAUGUUACCCGAUACUAUGAACGCGACUGAAUCGCUUACGAGGUUCAGUGCAAAUUUACGAAAAGAUCCAGAUCUAUUACGUUACAUGCAGAUAAUAUUGAAACAUGACGUCUCUUGCAAAGAAUGUGUUAUUGCUACGUUACUCCUAUUGAAAAAGUUGGACGUACCGUGUAAUGAAAAUCUUUACUAUCAAGUUGUAAAAAUGCUUCUCGAAAUUGUCGCCUCAGUGAUGAUAGAUAAGGAAUCCAUUAGUGCGUUAGUAGAACUAAUUGAUGCUUGCAUGCAAGGAGGUGAUGCUGCGAAAGAAAUGGGCAUACCAGGGGAGAAUGCGGGAAUACGUGGUCUCAAAAUAUUAAAUUUUUUGUCUUUUAUUUUUCCCGUUCAUUUUUAUACCGAUAAAACACUUCGUCAUAUGAUGGAUUUGCUGCGUUACAGACACGAUUACAUAGCACCUCUCAUAUUAAGAUCUUUUACACGAUUGGGUCAAUGCAAAGCUCUAUCGAAAAUCAAGCCGGAUAUUAUGUUUGAUUUAACUCGCAUUUGCAAAUAUUUUGCUUUGCAUGGCACGGCCGAAGAAGCGAAACAUGCGGUGCGUUGCGCGUACGUAAACGCGCAAGAAAAUGCGUUACGUAUUCCUGGAACGCCGCAAGUACAUCCCAUCUUCCAUGAGAUUGUGGAAUCGUUAAGUAGCCCUCUAACAUCAAACGACAUGCACCGGCGUGCCAAGAUUAUUACGCUUGGUCAUAUUGCCUAUAAAAUGCCGCAUGUAUUUGCGAUACCUAUUAAGAAAAUAAUUAGUGCAUUUAUAGUUAAGAACGUGUUAUUAUGUAGUGUCUCAGAGCCACGUGAUUGCAAAUUGCUUGGAUUAAAUUGGUGCGAACGAGACGAAUUGCCGCCUGAUACUGUUUGCAAAUUGGAUGCACUUAAGACCAUGGCUCGUUGGUCAUUAGGUAUGGCCACGGAUGAAUUUACAAUACAGAAAACAUUACGUCUGCUAUUUGCCCACGUUUACGUGCCUGGAGGCUUCCUAGAACGGGACUAUUUGCUACCAGUUGAAAAGUCAUGGUUACGAUUGGAGGCCGCCUGUGCUAUUUUGAAGAUUUGUGAGCGAAAGGUAAUAGCGGAUCAGUGCACUGCAGAGCAAUAUUUUAAUUUAUCACAAGUAAUGUGCGAUCCGGAACUCAAAGUUCGAGAAAUGUUUGCUGCGAAACUUCACAAGGGCUUGGCGAAGGAAUUGCCCAAUAAAUGUCUACCUUUGGAUUUUAUGGGUCACUAUGUUCUCGGUGGGUAUGAAACCGAUCAGGAUUUAGUCGAGAAGAUGAGCGAAUUCCUCAAGGCGGAUAUAAAUAAAAGACGGGAAUAUCUGAAAAUUCUAACCAUGCAAAGUUCGGGAAAUUCUACUGAUCCUAAGAGACAGCAAUUAUUGCCCGAUUUUAUGCUAACCUUUGUUAUACCGAUUUUGGCCCAUCAUCCCUCCUUUACAAAUCAUCAAGAUUAUGCCCAAUUAAAGCAAAUUGAAAAAGCUUUGCGUUUUGUGCUCGACCCUUUAAUCUCGAGACCAGAUGAUGAUUUCUCAUUUAGCUUUUACGAACGCCUCAUCAGAAUGAUGAAAGAUCAUUGCUUGACGACCACUAAUGAUCAUUAUGAUAUUAACAAUUUAAAAAUGUGGGCGAUUUGCGAUAUUGCCGACUUUGUAAUACGAUCCAAAAUGCCUUUAUGCAAAUUAUUGCCGAAUGAAAAUUUGUUCGCCUCCAUACAAUUGCCAAUCAAAUAUUUUAAAUCACAUCAACACAAAGUGAAAGGUUUAUUCAAACUUGCGGGUCUUAAGCCGGAGUAUACUUCGCCCUUUACCACCGUUUCUCUGACUACAAGUAAGAUAAUACCAGUUACCGUAAAGGUAACAGUGACUGGCAGAAAACGUGCACGGUCCAGUGAACGGUGCCAAGCAUCAAAAGAAGAAAUUGUGAACAACAAGGACAAAGAAGAAGACGAUUCAAAGUCUUUGUCGACCGUCGGGGGACGAAAGAGGAAACGCAACACCAGUAUAUAG